AUGAAACACGAGGCUGAGGCUGAAGCUAAGGUUCUCCCUCUUGAUUUGGUGGAGAAAAUCCUACUAUGGUUGCCGAUAAAAUCCCUGAUUCGGUUCAGGUGCGUCUCUAAAAAUUGGCUUUCUCUGAUUUCCGAUUCACGUUUUGCAAAAUUGCAUUACGACACUACUGAUGCCGCACCCACCAAUAAGAACACUAGGCUUUUGUAUUUGUCGAGUGAGCUUCCUCUAAAUUGUCGUCAUUUCAGUCUUAGUAUUCUAGGUUCAAGCAGGGGCUUCAUACUGCUGCGCAUUCAUGUUUAUGGCGCACCGCUCCUUCUGUGGAACCCUGUCACUGGUUCUCACAGAUCAGUGCCGUACCCUGUUGCUGACCCUGAUGCUUGUGGCUCGUCAAAUAAUUUAUGGAGUGGUCUUGGCUAUGAUGAAUCUAGUGAUGAUUAUUUAGUAGUAGUAGGAUGGCAUCAACUGAGACCUCAGUGGCAGUAUUUCUCUGUUAGAACCAAUUCCUGGAAAGAAAUUGAGUGUGGCCAUCUUCCUCUUUAUUUGGUUGACGAUGAUAGUGCACGGUUUUGUAACGGGGUUCUUUAUUGGUUGGCUUUUAAAGAUAUAGCAUUGAAUUUUUUGAUUGUUGCCUUCGACAUAGCCGGAAAGCAUCUAUCAAUAGUGUCAUUUCCAACAUCAGGCAGUUUCGGUCGUGGUCUGUUUGCUGGAUGCCUUGGGCUAUCUUAUUUGAACUUCACGGAAGACCAGAAGUUUGAGAUCUGGGUAAUGAAAGAAUCAUCUUGGACUAAGCUCAAUGUUGUGCUUCCUUUAGAUCAUGGAAUCCACCCUUUGUAUUUCACUAAAGGUGAACUUGUUGGCACCAAAAACAAUGAUUUGGUCAAAGUCAGUGAUAAAGGUGUAUUGGUGGAGUCUCUAAGAAUUAGUUGUCGUGACAAUGACUUGAAGAUGGUUAUGUUUACUCAGAGUUUGCUGUCACUUCCGGAUGAGUUUGGCUGCACAGGGGAAGAACAAGGAAAGUAGGGUGUUCACACGAGAUAUCAAAAGUUGUUUGUCAGGCUCUGGUGUGCAUGUUUCAGCAAGUUAGGAGCAUCUUUGAUAAGGUGUUUUAUAUAUAUCUUCUAUCCAGACUCAACAUAUGUCUUCUAAAUUUUGUAUUAAAUGUAUUGUUUUAGGAUUAAUGGACUUGUGCUCUUCCUUUGUUCAUGUUCUUAGAAAAGGCUGGACUACAAAUUGCAGUUAUUAAGACCUUUUUUCGAACUUACUCUCUCAAGUCCAAAUCCCACUCUAACACGGACACAAUAUCAAAAUGCCAAUCCGCACAGUAGAAAAUCAAAAGAUAGGAAACAUUUCACGUGUGCCCCCUUUACGCAGCUGGAACUACAGUGUUUUACUGUUUUAUGUAGGAGUGUACAUGUGGUACGAUAAAGUUGGGUUUCUCUUGGUCUGGAUUCGGUCUUAAAUAUUCAUUGGAUCUAUUUUUGAAACUUUUGUUUUUAAAUCUAAUAAAACCCACUAUUUUCGG